AAUUGCAUGUGUUUUGAAUCUACUUUUAUAGAGAGCGCUUUAAAAGAAUAGUCCGAAAAAAGCCUUAUGGCGAGGUUGCGCUGAAGCUCGUUUGAUAAUUUAUGUGUAAAAAUGUAUUAACAACUUAAAAAGCUACUAAGAGAUGUGGAAAAUAGUGACGUAUAAACAUGACGCAGCUAUAAACAGAAAUUGGUUGUCAUAUGAAUGAUAAAAUAUCUUUCAUGCACAUUGUACUAGUUACUCUACACGUAAGAUCAGUGAAUUGUUUAACGGACAUAUAAUUCAUAUCAUUUUAUCGUUUUUAUCGCUUAUACUGAUUAUUAGCACGUUGAAUUGGAUGAUGUUGGCAAUAAAUUAUAUCGUAUCGAUGUGUACAGAUAUAUGAAAAGAACUUUUGCUCAACAAACAAUGUAAAGCAACGAGACUUAGAGCGUAACAACAGUUUUUGAUAGUGACUGCAUCAUUAUAAAGGACACGUAGUGCAAGAAAAUGAGUUGGCUACGAAGCAGUCCGCUGCGGACGAGCUUCAGCAAACAGCGAUCUAGAGAUUCGCCUCCGAAAGACGCCGAUCCGUCCGCAUGUUAUGACAGCUUCUGCAAGCAUUGGCAACAGACUUACGAGAUUAUUCUGCACUCUUUUCCUCCUAAAGGGAUACCUAGUCAAGAUGAUGUACUUGGAGUUGUUAAUCAUAUUGAUCAAAUGGUGACAUUGUUAAUGCUAGAAUUACGAGAUUUGAAUUCACACAAUCAUUAUCGACAAAGUAGUACCGCAACGCAUUCUCCAUGUUUAGAACAUUUGUUAAGUGAAAAUUUACUUGUUAAACUUUAUGAUUGGAGUUUACAUACAGGAAGAUUCAAUAAUGCUGUAAGAUUGGAGCAAAUAAAGCUUUACGAAUUACUAGUUUCGCAUAGCGGUACUCUUCUUGCACAUGAACCAGUUACGAGACCACUUCUACGGUUAUUAGAAAAAUGUGCAAAUGACAUUAUGCCAUUAGAAGUAGAAAAAAAAUUAGUAGUAUUGUUAAAUCAGUUAUGUGUAGCCUUAAUGCAAAAUAUGGCUUUGCUUGAUUUGUUUUUUCAUCCUACUGCAAUCGGGAAAAACAAAUUCAUUAUAUUUAGUCUAUUGAUUGAUCAUGUUCAUCGAGAAGAUGGUGUUGGUCAGCAAGCGCGCGAUGCUAUGUUAUUAUGCAUGUCGCUUUCAAAGAAAAAUGACGAAAUUGGAUUGUACAUCGCCGAUCAUUCUAAUAUAUGUCCUGUAUUAGCUACAGGCUUAAGCGGCCUUUAUUCUUUACUUCCACGAAAACUUGAUAUUGAGACAGAUGAUUGGCAUCAAUUGACGCCAGACGAUGUGAAUGAUUUAUCUGCGCUUAUGCAACUUAUGAAUUCUUUGGAAUUUUGUAAUGCCGUCGCACAAGUGGCGCAUCCGAUGAUACAGAAACAGUUACUUGAAUUUUUGUAUCAAGGUUUUCUGGUACCGGUGGUGGGUCCGGCAUUAUUACAGGACUCUCUUGGCUUGACUCUAGAACAGCUAGAUGCACAACAACACUGGACAACUGUGGAAGAAUUGGUUGCAGCAACAGCUUAUUUUGAUUUGUUUCUUCGCUCUGUUACCGAUCCUGGCUUAUUGCGAUCACUUAUUAGAUUUUUACUUGAAGAUAAUUAUGACGAUUGUAGAAUAUUGGACAGUCUAAUACAGAGGAUUUCUUCUCGAUCAAGGUUAUGUAUAGUAACUCUGGCAUUGUUUGAAACUCUGGUUAAUUUAAACUGUGAAGACGUUAUGCUGGAACUAUGCUUGGGUGCGUUAAACCCAUGUUCACAUGUAAUGCUUUCCCAACGUAGUCGAUUGAGAGAUGUAGAUCCCUUUGGACGGGCAGCGGAAAAAUUUUUAUCCUUGACACCACGUUGUUGUUGUUCUACAUAUAUAUCUUCGGACUCACAUACAAAUUCCUUACCUGCAACUAUGUCAUGUACAUAUGACAAAUAUGGAAGUACAGUGGCUGACUCAAUGAAAUCAUUACCAGCAGCAAUAAAUUACGGUACUAGAUUAUCAGAUAGUUUAUAUGGAAAUUAUCACGCAUAUCUUUGCGAUGCGAGACAAAAAAUAAGAGCUUGCCAGAUUGCAUGUUCUAAUUGGUCUUGCCGGUACGACGGUAACUUACCACAGAAUAAUAAUACUAGCAGUAUAACUACAUUGAUAGAUGGAAAUAUUGCACUUGAUCAAUCGCAAAAGAAAACAGAAGAAUCAAAAACGUUACUGCUAGAAACAAUGAGGAAUGCAAUGAGUUUGUGUGAGAAUGAAGAAGGUACUCAGACGGAUAAUAUAUUACUCAAUAUUCAAUUCUUACUGUCAGAAGGCAAAGAUUUUAAUAGCAACGAACAUAAUAUUAAAAACGAAUUGAACGCAAAUAUUGUAUUGUCUCUGGACGAGCAAAUACAAUUAGAUACUGAUAUCGCUGAAUUAUUCAGCGAAGAUAUUGGAAUGGUAAAAUAUACAGAGGAAAUUUCUUUAGAUAAAAAAGAAUCAGAUAACUGUAUAGACGAAUCAACUACAACUAUAAAUUCGUUUAUGUCGCUAGGAGAAAGUAGUGGUUAUGAGAGUUUUGCGUUGAAAGGAUUAACAGAAUCAACGCCAAGCAAUAAACUGAACGAAGAUCGUAUGAAUGAACACGAAGAAACACAUAUAUUAAUUAAAAAGGAGCCUAAUAUUCAUGUCUUCUGUGGUGCUGCAGAAUUAAAUCCGUCGAUAACUACAGAAACAUUAAAUAAUAAAUCAAAUAAGGAUAUUUCGUAUCGACAAGAUGUUUUUAAUGGACAGCCAAAUGUUGGUAUAUUUUUAGAUGUGAUUUUACGGAAGCUCGAAUGCAUGACAAGCAACAAUUUAUACGUUAAUUUGCAUCUCACGGGUCUUAUCAGCAGACUAGCAAUAUACCCACAACCAUUAUUACAGUCUUUUCUGUUGAACCAUUCUCUUGUAUUCCAGCCUAGCAUCAGAUCUUUGUUUCAGCGCCACAAGAGGGAUUGUGUAUCUGAACCUUAUUCCGUGGGAUGGCGCAACAAGAGAGAUGAGCUCAUCGAUCAAUAAAUCGAUAUACAGGAUAUAUCAUCAUCCGUGCCACUUCUUUUAUUCGAUUACCGAGUGUCAUACGGAGAUGAACAAAAAAUUUUUUAUAGAAAACCUUAUCCAUAUAAUCAAUUGGUGCUACUAUGAUUUUCCGGAAAAAAUUGCAAGUGAUCGAAACCGAAGAAAACUUCAAAAUUUUAAAUAGGAACAUAUCUCGAAUAUGAUGUCACUCAAUAGGUCUCUUCAAAAUAAAUAACUUUCAUUAGAAACAUUUUGUUGUUGUUUAUAAUUGUUGUUAAUUACAAAUAUAUUUUUCUUUCUUAACUGUUGAAGAUUUUUACAAAGAUCUAUUUAUCAUUGUUUCAUGAUAAUCUUAUUUUUACUGAAGUUAUGUUACAGUUAUGCACGUAACACACACACAAAGAAGAAUAUUCACUUUAACUAAAUAAAUCACUUUAACUAAAUAAGUAAAACUAAAAUCUUAUUUUUCACUAAUUUUGAUAGCAAUUAACUUUGUUAGCAAUGUGUUAUGAAACAGCCGUUAUAGCGACGACCGUGUAAAAACUCUGCGCGUCUCAAGCCGCGCGCGACCGAAGACACAGGCAGAGCGAUAACUUCGAACAUACAGCGAGCAAAACCGAGAGCGAGCGAAGUCGCCCGAAACAACGCGACAAGUUACAUAGCGAGCGGUAUAUAAGACGCGAUCGUCCACCUAUAGACAUGAUUCACUCAACCUUGUUCUCACUAGCAAGACGAAGCUCUCUGAGCGAACAUCCAGUUGUGAAUAUGCAACUAUCCGAUUCAGCUCACAAACCCGCGGAUACGCGGCGAGUUAUUUCUAGUGGUCGCGAAUACGCGACUCUCUGAUCCGACUCAAGGAUUGCGAAUACGUGACGAGCUACUCCUGACGGUCGUGAAUACGCGCCUCACCGUUUCGGCACCGGAACCUCGCGGAUACGCGCCUCCAUCGAUCCCAUUCUGAACUUUCUACAACACUAGGGAACCUGACGAGCAAGAGCAUUAGGAGUACAACACCAGCUCUAAUAUAUCACUCGACCGAGUAAAUAUAAUAGCAUUCGAAAAACCACACACACCACAAAACUUAGAGCAUCGUGUACACGCACUGGCGUUAAUGCUAUCUGUAUAUCCGUGUGACUUGCACACGAUAACGCGUCAUUCACACACUGCCUGUAGGUGAGGCACGAGCAGCACGGAGUAGCGGAAGGGGCAUACAAUCGUCGGACGGCUUGGAGAGGGAAUAGUAGUCGCGGCGAUUUUCUAUCGCAGACGUAAAGGCCAAAUCACACUAGCGAUUGGCGAUUGAUGAUUGACGAUUGAAGAUUGGAACUUGAC